AUGGCAUAUAAUCCUGAGUUAUUUGGUCCACCGAAACCAGGUAGGCAAUAAUAGUAUUCUUAUAUAGUUUAGGUGAUUAUCCUAGUCCAAUUCAUCGGGUUGACAGUCAUGGAGAUAGUGAAUCCAUCUCUGCUCAGCCAAAGGGUGACGAUCCACUUGCAACCGCUUGUUUGGGUGUAGCGACGUAAGUUUUAGGUGUAUAAAUGAUGGUUUUUAUGUGUUUGUAGGAUUGUUAACAACGCUUUUAUCACCCAUCCUUGCACGGUUUUGAGAAGGCAAUGUCAAGUACAUCAAUUUGCGAGGAAACAACAUCUAACACCAAUCACUUUACUGCCAGUUGUAGUGCACAUGGUAGGAAAAGAUGUAAGUAACUUUUGUUUGAGUAAUCAGCUUUUAGGGGAUCUACACAUUGUGGAAGGGAUCUCUUGGCAGUGGAGUUUUGUGGGCAUUAAGUCGAGUUACGGAGAUUGUCAUCGCUGAUGCAUUUGGUCUCCCUCGGUACAUCAUACCCAAUGGAAGUAGUGCCAAGUACUGGAAGCACAUUUAUUUAAAGGCGGCUUCAUUUGCAGUUUCUACACCCUUUAUCGUGGCUUCGUUCAUCGAAACUGUCAGGGUAAGAUGACUAAUUUGUUUGUGGGUUGUAUUUUCAUCGUAUUUUACAUAAAUGCAACACUAAAAUAUAAUUUUUUACUUUAGAGUAGUAUUGGUUUUGGUUAUGAUGAUGCCCGCGUCUUUGAUGUUAUUUACAAUGGGUUGGAUCGCCUAAAACAGGAUCUUUUCGGAGCUGUUGAUACCAGCCGCCGGAUUGGAGUACAAUACUUAAUAGGACCAACUGUAGGAUUCUAUACAGUUCAGUUUAUGAUCAGGGAUUCUCUUUACAACAACAUCUACUCCAUGGCCAGAAGAUAUGUUGUAAGUUCGCUUUUUUGUUUGUUUUUAAAUUUAGGUUUAAAAACGUGAAUAAGAAUUGGAGUACCAUUUACAAGAUCGUAAAAUUAAACUUUUACAUAACGAUUUCAGGGAAAGAAGCCAGUACACGAAAGAACACGAUUCCACGUGAUAAUGCCGGAGAUUUUCGCUGGAAUGUCUUCGCUUGCCAUCACAGAUUUAAUUUGUUAUCCUUUCGAGACCAUCCUCCACCGUCUCUACAUUCAAGGGACCAGAACUCUCAUUGACAACUUGGAUACGGGUGCUUCAGCCAUUUCUGUCACUGUAAAAUACACUGGCAUCGUAGACUGUGUCAGGUCGAUUAUUCAGAAGGAGGGUUUUUGGGCGCUUUACAGUGUAAGUCAAUGUAAUACUUUAGAUAUUUCUUAUAUAAAUAUUAUUUAUAAUUUCAGUCAGUAAUGAAAAGAUUUUCUAUCAUUCGUGACUUAUCAAGCAAAUUUUGAUUGCUUGUUUUAGGGUGUGGGUGCUGUCGCCUUACAGUAUGGAUUGCAUUUUUGUGUUUUGCGAGCUAUGCACAUGAUAUUUGAACAUGCUAACCGUAUUUUAACCGGAGGACCACCUCCUCCAUCUCGUGCCUACAAUGCUAGUAGUCCAGUGGGUAUUAAUGGACCGUCUGCUCAAUUCGCCGCAGCUUCUGGACCGGCGUCGGUGGAAGAGUUAUCUCAUCCGACAGCUACGCCCUUCCCGACCUUUGCCCAAACUUCACAAUCAGCUGAUGCUGGACCGUGGAAUGUGAACACUUCGGUACGAUCACUACCGUCAGAACCACUAUUCUCGUCUCCAAGACACGACCCGGUUACUUUUUAG